AGUUUCAAGUCACAUUCCGCAACGAUACUGAAAAAUUAAAACAAAAUUUGGUUUUUAAGACAAAUAUACAAAUUCUCAAUUCAAUUCAAGUAAUGCCGCCCAAACAAAAGAUCGCUGAGCUGCAGCGUUUGUAUGAAGAGCGCUGGAACUAUCCACCAACACUAAAACCGCCAAAGGUUAAGAUUAUAGCCUGCGGCAAGCUUCCUUCGUAUAGCGGUUAUGGAACGAAAGUUUAUAAAGCCUGCUGGGAGCAUCCGAUCUCUGUUACCACUGAUGCCCGCUUCGGCCCGUGCUGGGAGUAUCCGCCGGAGCGAUACAAGCGUCGUCCUUUGCCGCCACCUUGCCGGGGCGCUACCAUACCACUCGAUCAGCUGGAGCCCACAUUCGACCACUGCGAGACGCUUUACACCAGCUAUGAUUUCCGACUGGAGCAGUGCGUCCACGAGCAGAUCCUUCAGCUAGAGACACAGUUUAGGGCACUGGAGAAACAGCUGGCGGCAGCCAUUGUCUUGCAGAUUAAAAUGGCCGAGACAAUGCGCUAUCACGCCAUGCGCUAUCGACUGCUGGUCGGCGAAAGUUGCUGCACCAAUAUCUACCCCGAGUACCUAAGUCGAAUGACCGCCGAGCGAUCGCUGUGCGAAUUCCAGAAGGCCUACAAUGUGAUUGACCAGUCCAAUGACGAGCUAUCGAAAUCUAUUUUGAGCGUGCGCAACUCCAGGAAGGAGUUGGGGGUGCGUCUGAGCAAGCUGGAUCGCACUCUGAACAGCCCGUUCCUACUGGGGCUAGACCAAGUGCUGCAGACCAUCGAUGAUCUAAACGAAUACUUCUUUGGUGUGGCCGUCAAGUUUAGGACCUGGGCGGAACUUAUGGAUCCCAACAAGGAGUACUCCAUUGAGGAUUAUCUGGCGUUGCUCUCGAAGAAGCGUGAUUUCCAGAGCUUCCUGUGUGCCGGGACAGAGCACUGCACCUGCAAGCGCUGCAACAAGAAGGACCCACUGAUCCCGUAUUUGCCUCCGUGGUGCCGAAAAAGUGACUCCAGUGAGGAUUGUGUCAAGCGGCGCACCAACAACUAUCUCUGCAAUACGAGCAUCGCUGCCAAGCUCACUCGCAGUGACAGCAAAUUUAGCACAGAGUCCAGUGACACCUCCAGACUGGUGAAAAUGUCACAGAAAGUUGAAUAAAUGUUAUGAUUGCAUUGCA